AUGUUUCGAUGUAUACCUUUGUUCAAAUGUAAUCGCCAAGUGGAAUGUGUAGACAAGCGGCAUUGCUCGUUGCCAAACGUACCUGAAGACAUAUUGCGAUACUCCAGAAGUUUAGAGGAACUCUUUUUGGAUGCUAAUCAUAUACGAGAUUUACCGAAGAACUUCUUCAGACUUCAUCGGUUAAGACGACUAGGACUUAGCGACAAUGAAAUUCACAAACUGCCACCUGACAUACAGAACUUUGAAAACUUAGUUGAGCUAGAUGUAUCUCGAAAUGACAUUCCCGACAUCCCUGAAGACAUCAAGAAGCUACGCGCUCUACAGAUCGCGGACUUUAGCAGCAACCCUAUCCCACGUCUGCCAGCUGGAUUCAGUCAGCUCAGAGCACUCACUGUUCUCGGCCUCAAUGACAUGUCUCUUACCAGUCUUCCCAGCGACUUUGGCAGUUUGGUGUCAUUGCAGUCAUUGGAGUUAAGAGAAAAUCUGCUUAAAUCAUUGCCCGAAUCGUUAAAAAACCUCACAAAAUUGGAGAGACUCGAUUUGGGCGAUAACGAAAUCGAAGAAUUGCCAGGUUUCAUCGGUGAACUGCCUGCGUUAGAAGAACUAUGGUUGGAUCACAAUAAAUUGCAGUAUCUACCUCCGGAAAUAGGCAACCUGAAAGCGUUAACAUGUCUAGAUGUCAGCGAGAACAAACUAGAAAAUCUUCCAGAAGAAAUAGGGGGGCUAUGUUCAUUAACCGAUCUACACCUGUCACAAAAUAUGUUGGAAACGAUACCCGACGGUACCGGAGAUUUAUCCAAAUUAGCUAUAUUAAAGUUGGACCAAAAUAGAUUAAAUACGUUAAAUUAUAAUGUAGGAAGGUGUACAAAUCUCCAAGAGCUUAUAUUAACGGAGAAUUUUUUAAUGGAGCUGCCUAGGUCGAUAGGGAAUCUCAAUGAGCUGACAGUACUGAACGUAGAUAGAAACUCUUUGGGUGAAAUACCUGUAGAAAUUGGAAAUAUGACAUUACUGGGGGUGCUAAGUUUAAGAGACAACAAACUAACAAGACUGCCUAACGAAUUGGGAAAUUGUAAAUCGCUGCAUGUACUCGAUGUUAGUGGAAACAGGUUACAAUACUUACCGUAUACAUUAGUCAACUUGGAGCUUAAAGCUGUUUGGUUAUCACAAAACCAAGCGCAGCCUCUUCUUACCUUCCAAACGGACAGAGAUGAAACGACGGGGGAGAAUGUGCUCACUUGUUUCCUACUACCUCAGCUGAGUUAUUCACAACAGCCAGAAUCUAGCGCAACACGCGAUCGCGAUUCCGAUAACGAGGACUGGGAAGAGAAGGAAGCUUCAAGAACUCACUCUGUCAAGUUCACUGAAGACAUGCCGGAAACCAGAGAGACUCCAUUCGUACGUCAGAAUACACCUCACCCGAAGGAGUUGAAGGCGAAAGCGCACAAGUUGCUCGGUCGUUCACCGGAGGGUUCAAAUGUGCCACAAGAAAAACCGCCGACGACCAACGGACUUCCGUUGUCGCCAACGGAACCUUUACUACAGACAGUCGAAACAACAGAAACAAUCCAACAAACGCAAAUACCUCACGAAGCAGUCAAGGAGGAUGAAAGCGAUACGCAAACGGCAGCAGAUAGGGAAUCUUCAGAAGGUGAAAAUGAAGAUAACGAAGACUCUGACGAGUUGGAGGCAAUUAAAAAAAGAGAGCAACAAGAAGAACAGAAGACUGAUGACGAUGAAACCGUGGAGGACGUUCCCGAUGGUGAAUCCGUGUCGGAUCGCGCUGAGAGCGAAGUGCGAGUGGUGAACGACCAGAGAUGCAUAGAAGUACGGAUCGCUCGGGCUGCUGGUGGUUUAGGGUUGAGCAUUGCAGGUGGGCGCGGCUCUACGCCGUACAUUGGCGAUGAUGAUGGCAUCUUUAUAUCAAGGGUUACGCCUGGAGGGCCAGCAUAUAAUGCAGGACUUAGGGUGGGCGACAAGGUACUCUCCGUGAACGGAACAUCAGUUGUGGAAGUCGAUCAUUAUUAUGCAGUUGAGGUUCUGAAGGCCAGCGGUCCUACACUCACGUUGAUUGUCACCAGAGAUUCUCCUAACUCCACUAGAACUCACAGCCGUGCACCAAGUGGAGCGAGCCACCAUUCUGUGUCAAGCACAACUGACACGGUAUCUACUUUAGAAAACGGACAGAUACCAACAGGUCGAGGAAUGUCAAUGAAACCACUGAUCAUCGGCAACCAGUAUGCGCAAGAGUUCGAACCCGAGUUUAAAGAACAGUCCAAGCUCAGAAACAAUCAGAGCACGCCCACUCCGAUAGUCAACUACAGUCCUUCGCCCACCGGGCAACCUGUGGAUUAUCAACGAUUGCAAUCAUCACCACCACCCACCACGGCACCUUAUAUACCACCAGUAUACCAACAAAAAGUUCUUGUUCACACGACUUUGAUUCGUGAUGGAGCCGGUUUAGGGUUCAGUAUAGCUGGCGGUAAAGGCUCACCUCCAUACAGAGACGACAGCGACGCUAUAUACAUAUCGCGUAUAUCUCCACAAGGUGCCGCUGCUAAGGACGGGAAAAUGCUAGUUGGCGAUAAAGUAGUAUCGAUCAACGGUGUUGAUAUGGAGAAUGCGCGUCACGAAGCGGCCGUGGGUCUGUUAACGGGCCAUGAAAGAUUCGUGAGGCUCGUACUACAACGGACCAUCACUUCUGAUCAAGCCGAGACGAACCGGAAAUCGAUAUCGGACGAAGUGAGAGAACACAAGACCAGCCUGACGAAUGUGAACAUAGCACCGUCACCGAAACCGAAUCAUAUAAAUAACGCACCACUGAUUAGCAAUCACACUAACACAGCACCGAGAGUGACGCAUAUAACACAAGCCCAACCUAAAACUCCGCUCCAAAGUCAACCCCAACCUCAAACUCCGCUCCAAAGUCAACCUCAAGUCACGCACUUUACACAGAUCUCGCCACAAGCCAAUCAAAUUUCACCACAGCCCGCACGCACGACGCCACAAAUCAAUUCGAUUCCGCCACAAGUCAAUCAGAUCACACCACAAGUUCAGCAAAUGAAUAAUCAGCAAACGAAACAGGCGACUUAUAUACAUGGAGUGGUUCCACCGCAACCCGCUCCAAGAAGGUUGAGUCAGCCAAACGGCCAGGGCACGAAGUCAACAACUAACAGCGCGAGCACACCCUUAACACCCAGCGCCCCUAACACUCACGGCUCAACUGACGAGGUGUUCGAAGAUAUCCAGCCGUCGCGGCCGAUCACGAACGAGGAGUUCCAAGCGAUGAUACCGGCUCACUUCCUCGGCGGGCCGCGGCCCACCUCUGAGCCACCGGAGAAGGGGGUGAGAAUGACGGUAGAGCGGCCGGGUGCCGGUAUCGUGAUGCCGCCGCCGCCUUCGACUAUCGGCCGCGUCACCGAGACCAUCACCAAGUCCACCUUCACUGAGACCACGGUCACGAGGAUUACGGACAAUCAGCUCGUCGCGCCGCUCAUCAUAGAAGAUGUGAACUUAGUGAAAGAUGGAGGUUCUUUAGGGUUCAGCAUCAUUGGAGGGACCGAUCACUCCUGCAUUCCAUUUGGUGGCAAAGAACCUGGGAUAUUUGUAUCCCAUGUUGUGCCAGGCGGUGUAGCCGCUCGUUCGGGCAAAUUACGAAUGGGCGAUCGUAUAAUCAAAGUGAAUGGCACCGAACUGACCGGUGUGACUCACCGCGAAGCCGUCCAACUGUUACUACAACCGGGGCACACUUUAGCGCUCACCGUCCGACACGAUCCGCUACCGCAAGGAUACCAGGAUAUGACUAUUGUAAAACAAGAAGGCGAAAAGUUGGGUAUGCAUAUAAAAGGUGGUUUGAACGGUCAACGAGGCAACCCUAACGAUCCUAACGACGAAGGGGUUUUCAUAUCGAAAAUCAACAGUGGCGGUGCCGCUAGGAGAGACGGCAGGUUAAAGGUUGGCAUGCGUCUUCUAGAAGUGAAUGGAGUUUCGCUAUUAGGCGCAACGCAUAAUGAAGCCGUGAACGCACUUCGUCAAGCCACAAACGCACCGUUACACCUCGUGGUUUGCUACGGGUACACACGUCCAGAGAAAUAUACCACCGGUAGUGAGAGCGGGACGGCGGAUACAGGCGGCUCUCUGUCUCACUCAACGUCGAGCCUGGAUCGAGAUGAGCCGUUGCACAAUUAUCAACAGGAGCAACAAUUCCAACAGGAUUUAGUUGAGUUUGAACACGAGAAACAAGUCGCUGAAACUAGGGAGAAGUCUACUCCUGAAAAGGUGUUAGACAUAGUCCACGCCGUAGAAAGUAUGGCUCUCGAACCGGUACCACCCACGUCGCCAGAGCCCCACCACAAGACUACUACAGUGGUUAUGUCGAAACACACACUCCAACCUCAGUCGUAUAGUUCGCACGCGGCUCCUCCAUCGCCGCUAGCAGUGUUCACGGAACAAAAGGUGAAGACGCCUCCAGCGACGCCAAGCAGUCGACCUCCACAUCCGCCGCCACCGCCACCGCCCAAACCGAAACCUCAAGUGCCCAGAAAACCACAAACGAAGCGAGUUAGUUUCACAUCGGAACCAGAAUACGAACAUUUAACGAACAAUGAACGAACGACACCCCCGCCCGUGCAUGACGCGCAUGACGAUCGCAGAAACAGUGUCUACACUAACGAUGCAUGCGAGGGAUAUAGCUCUAUACUAAUACGAAAUCGGCCGCCGAGAGCUGAGCUAGAGACGUCUAAACCCGUACGUAGAGCGAGUCUCGUCCUCCCCGACGACCUCAUCAUUCCCCCACCGCCUUCGUUCGAUACGGACGUAAGUGAUAUUCCAUUACGCAGGCCAAUGGAUAUACCGCCGCCGAUCACCAUUAUUCCCGAGAGAGUUAUACUUCCCGAGCCGGAAGUAGCCGACACAUCUAUACAAUCCUCGACUACGACGAACAGUCCUGAAGCCGAAGCGCCCCCUGUUAAUUACGAUUUUUAUCCAUCAGUCUUGCAACCGUUCGAAAUUGACCAAUUUCGGUCAGCUAUAAUUUCGGAAACUCCUUCACAUCAAAUCGUCCGAACUUCAGAAUAUCCGUCCAUUAAUAGUGAUGAUUAUUUGAAAGAACUUUCAGCUAGUCCAGGUGGAGAACCUGAUCCACCGGAACUUUUACACGCGCAUUAUACAACUCUUCCCAUAGUUUCACACGUACCCCACUCCCCUUGUAAUUUGCAUCCCGAUAAAACUUACAUGGACGACGUUGCGUUGCAUAGCUCAUUGCGCGACUUGAGAGUGAAACAUUUACCACCAAAUAUGGUUCAUUCUACGACAUACCCCCCAACGAAUCCAUAUCCGUCUCUGACUACGGUUGCGGGUACAUUCAAUCCUUACACUUGUACAGUACCAAUAAAUACGAAUCAUAAUAGCAACAGUUUCAAACCACAAUUGUCCCCGUCCCUUACAACAACAGGCAAAGAUAUUAACGCCAAUGUCACACAAAGUAUUCCUACUUAUGCCGGUGAUAAGCCUAAAAAUGUACAGUCAGAGAGAAGAGUUCGGUUCGGCGAAGUGACGACUGCGCCCGAAUAUGAUAAUAUGUCGGACGGUUCGGAACUCGCGAGGGAAGGCAGUACCUCACCCGCAUCCACCCUGAAACCCGCAUGGAGCAGCCAAAUCAAAUCCUUCGCCAUCGGCGAGGCUUCCCCGCCUCAUUCAGCUAAUUUUGUGAAGGCGUCUGUUAGCGAUAAAAAGAAAUUCUUCGAAAAUGCAAUGGAAGAGAGCCACAAACCAUCGCCUAAACCAGAACGCGUAUUCACAUUCUUGUCAGCGGAUGAAGUGGAGAAAUUGAAGCAGGAAGAGGAAAGGAAGAUGGCCAGCAUGUCGCCCGCCGAUCUACGCUCCUGGUCCCCUGGUGGGGAUCAAAUCAGCGGUGAUAGUUCGCAUUCCGACGACGAACCAUACGAGAAUGGCCACAGUGUGUCAUUGGGGGGCGUGAGUCCGUCAGCGAAGUCCCAAAGGCGGCGUGAAAGGCGCGAGGGCUCUGAAGGCGAAGACGCCGCAACUAGAGCAGCGCGCCGCGCCGCUUGGAGGGCCGCCAGGUUACGUUCUUUAGAGCAGGAAGCAAUAGAGUCGCAGAAAGCUAUAAAGAGCCUGGUGGGUCCCGCAAAAGAAAUAAUAGGUGAAAUCCCGUCGAGGGAUAAGUCUCCGUCCGAGGUGGAGACAACGCAAGAGAAAAUAAUAUCUCUGGAAUUGACAACUAGUCCUACUAGCGAGACCGCGCCGGACUUAGAAGAGGCGGGCAUUAGUUUAGGGGAGGGGGAAACGGAGGGGGAGAAUUCUCUCCAGCCGGAUAUAGUUCAGGUGGUCAAUCCGUUGUUGGAUGGUGGCGCCGGCCGCGUUACUGCUAUACCCGUUGGUCCAGCGGACAGACUGACUGCGUAUACGCAACCUCAAUAG